UGACAGUCAUGUGAUCUAUUGGAACUCUUCAUGACAUGACAUUGACCAACGUCCGUUAACGGCACAUUUGUUGGAUAUCGAUAUUCUGGUUUCUGUUUCAGCAUGUUCGGGACGCGAUCAGUCGUUUACAAAGGAUUUUUACGAGUUAUUCAAAAGCAGGUUGUUCCAGGAAGCAGUUGCUGUUACAGUUCUCACAACGUUCCUCUUGAGAAGGACUGGACCGAACGUGCUAAGAAAGAACUCAAGGGAAAAGAUGUUGCGGAAACCUUAACAUGGCACACUGCAGAGGGCAUUGACAUCAAACCAGUUUAUACAAAAGAAGAUGUCACUAAAUUAUCCAAUGAGACUCCGGGCAAAUUUCCCUACACGCGAGGUCCAUAUGCGACAAUGUACACACACCGACCAUGGACUAUCAGACAGUAUGCCGGUUUCAGCACAGUGGAGGAGAGUAAUAAGUUUUACCGAGCUAACAUUGCUGCGGGACAGCAAGGUCUCAGUGUGGCCUUCGACCUCGCCACUCACAGGGGUUAUGACUCGGACAACCCACGAGUGAAGGGAGACGUUGGAAUGGCGGGCGUGGCGAUAGACUCGGUGGAGGACAUGAAGCUCCUGUUUGAUGAAAUUCCACUCUCGCGACUUUCCACAUCGAUGACGAUGAACGGAGCUGUGCUUCCUGUCCUGGCCAUGUUUGUGGUGGCCGCUGAGGAGCAGGGUACUAAACAAGAUCAGCUGACGGGUACAAUUCAGAACGACAUUCUCAAAGAAUUCAUGGUCCGCAACACCUACAUCUUCCCUCCAAAACCAUCCAUGAAAAUCAUCGGAGACAUAUUUGAAUACACAUCCAAGUUUAUGCCCAAGUUCAAUUCGAUCUCGAUUUCGGGCUACCAUAUCCAGGAGGCGGGGGCGGACGCUGUAUUGGAGCUGGCAUUCACCAUCGCUGACGGGCUGGAGUACAUCCGAACAGGUUUGAGUCGCGGUUUAGAUGUCGACAUGUUCGCUCCCCGGCUGUCUUUCUUUUGGGGGAUCGGAAUGAACUUUUACAUGGAAAUUGCCAAGAUGAGAGCAGCCAGAAGACUGUGGGCGGAUUUAGUAGAGAAGAAGUUUAAACCAAAGAAAUCCAAAUCUUUACUACUGAGAGCUCACUGUCAGACAUCCGGCUGGUCACUUACAGAACAGGAUCCAUACAACAACAUAGUGAGAACGGUAGUGGAGGCAAUGGCGGCCGUGUUUGGGGGAACGCAGUCUCUACACACCAAUUCAUUUGACGAGGCUCUCGGCUUGCCAACCACGUUCAGUGCCAGAAUAGCACGGAACACACAGAUAAUCCUACAGGAAGAGUCAGGAAUACCCAAGGUGGCUGAUCCAUGGGGAGGCUCCUACAUGAUGGAAAGUCUCACCCAGGACGUGUACGAGGCUGCCGAGAAAAUGAUUUAUGAGAUUGAAGAAAUGGGAGGUAUGGCAGAAGCAGUUGCCACGGGAAUGCCAAAACUAAAGAUAGAGGAAUGUGCCGCAAGACGACAGGCUCGUAUUGACGCAGGCUCUGAAUGUAUUGUGGGAGUGAACAAGUAUCGUUUGGAAGACGAGGAGAGAGUUGAUGUUCUCGUCAUUGAUAACACGGCUGUUCGGGAAACACAGAUCAACAGGCUGAAUCAAGUGAAAGCUGCACGUGACAGUAAAAAGACCCAAGACUGCCUGGAUGCUAUAACAAAGUGCUGUGAGACCGGGGACGGGAAUUUACUCGAACUCUCCAUCAACGCAUCCAGAGCCCGGGCCACCGUUGGGGAAAUUACCGACGCAAUGGAGAAGGUAUUUCAGCGUCACACUGCCACGUCCCGUCUAGCCAGUGGAGCCUACAUGACAGAGUUUGGACAAGAUCAUGAAAUUGAUGCUGUUAUGAAAAAAGUCCAGGCAUUCAUGGAGUCUGAGGGGAGACGACCACGGAUCCUGGUCGCCAAAGUUGGACAGGACGGUCACGACCGUGGUGGAAAGGUCAUCGCUACUGGUUUUGCCGACCUGGGCUUCGAUGUUGAUAUUGGUCCACUGUUUGCGACUCCGAAAGAAGCUGCCCAGCAGGCGAUCGAUGCCGAUGUUCACAUAGUUGGUGUCAGCACGCUGGCUGCCGGACACAAAACACUCGUGCCGGAACUCAUCCAGGAACUCAACAAUAUGGGACGGUCUGAUAUUGUCGUCGUGGUUGGUGGUGUUAUUCCUCCACAGGAUUAUAAGUUCUUGUAUGAUGCCGGUUGUGAUGCCAUCUUUGGACCUGGGACCCGAAUCCCAGAUGCUGCUAUGAAAGUGCUAGACAUUCUUGAACUGGAAAAGGGGCAGGAGUCAAACUUUCAAUGAAAUAAGUUUUCUAUGCAGAACCCUGAAGUUAAAGACAGUUUCUUGUGUCAAACGAUCCACUGAUAAUCUCAUCAACUCAUCUAAACUGUUUGACCAACAUUGGAACAAUAAAGAUUGAAGAUACUCGGAGGUCUUGGAAGUACUUGAUGCUGCUGACGAAACUGUUCUGACAUUAUCUGGAGAUGUGUCCAACACAUUUUAAAAGACAUCCAUGUGUACAGUGAGAAAUGUCAUGUUUAUUUUUAAAAGACAUUUCAGCAUAAUUUCUUACCAAGAUGACUUUUGAGAUCAUUGUUCACUGGAAAUGAUUUUAAUGAUGUAGAAUUGUUUGAGGAUGUAUUUUAGGUUUUGGUGCUAACAUUGCUGUGAAUCUCCUACAUUUUAUGUCUAACAACUUCUAUUAAUAGAGAUUAUUAUAUGAGCUUGUGUGUCGUACCGAUUUUACGAAACGAGUGCCAGAAUUAUUGUAUUAUUGAAUCCCAACACGAGUUUCAUAAAAUUAUUACAAUUCACAUGCGAGUGUAAUAAUUUCUUUAUUAUCCGCAUUAUUCAAAAUAUUAUUUUCCUGAAUAACAAACUAGGACCAUGUCAAAACAUUUCAGACGAAACAAUGUCGUUUUUUGAAAUGACAUCAUUUUGACAAGCGUUUACAGUGGGGAAGCCGCAUUAAGUUGUGCACGUGAAUUCAUUAUGACACACGUGGUUCAUACUGGUUAUAUUUCCCUGAAUAUCUUGAACUAUGUGGAUAAUAAUUACUUUUAUUACCCCAGGAGGCAUUCUAAUAACUGAAAGAAUAAAAAUCAUAAUUUCUCAUCGGGAAAUUAUGAUGUAUUGGUGUAAUAUACAGUUUGGGGGCAGGAUAUAACUUGGUGGUAAAGAACUUGUCUGAGGUUUGAAUGAUAGUAGGAUCAAUGUUUGUGAAUGGAUCUCAGACAGGAUAGUAUAUACCACGGCCUUUGUUACACCAGUCUUGGUACACUGGCUGGAACGAGAAAUAGCCCAGUGGGGCCACCGAUGGGGAUCGAUCCUAAACCGACCACGCAUCAAGCGAGCAUUUUACCACUGGGCUACAUCCUACCCCUCCCGUCUAUUUUUAAAUAAAAUGGUUCUGUGGUAUCAAACAAAAACUGCCUUUUUGUGUUUAGUAAAAAUUGCCAUGCUUUUUAAGGUGAAUAUAUACCGGUUGGGCCAUCAGCUAUUUUUGUUGAAAAUCAGUUUUUACUAUAGAUGCAGAUGUAUAUACAAAGGCUUGGUGUGAUGUCUGACUACAAUUGAACAUGAUUGGUUUUUGUAUUCAGUCAUAAGGAUCAAAAUCUUGCAACUGUUUUGACAAACAAAUGGUGAAAAAGUUAAUGAAAUAAGUGAUCUGGACCCUUAUUUUCAAAGGCAUCUUAGUGCUAUCCUAUCACAAAACAUAGAACUCGCUCUGUUUUGAGCCAGUACCGGGCUGUGAACCAUGUACCUACCAGCCUGUAGUCCGAUGGCUUAACCACUGACCCACCUAGGCCGGUCACCUAUUAGAACACAACAAGUAACAAUCAAGGAACACCUAGAAGUAAACACCAAGGAUCUAAUGACAACGCUUGUCUUGUAAUGAAGCAAGCACAACUUAACUAAAUCACCAAAGUUCUACACAGACAAUACUUACCUUGUAAUGGAGCAAGCACAACUUAACUAAAUCACCAAAGUUCUACACAGACAAUACUUACCUUGUAAUGGAGCAAGCACAACUUAACUAAAUCACCAAAGUUCUACACAGACAAUACUUACCUUGUAAUGGAGCAAGCACAACUAUGUGAUGAACACAACCUUAAUAACUACCAAAAGAUCUACAAACAAAGUUUGCCAUAGUACUAAGGUGUCAAACUAUGGUAAAUGCAAAACCAGGCAGGAGAUAUUACUAAGAAUGAACUGUCAUAUGAUGCAAACACCACCACCAAACCAAACAUUUGUUUUGUAGACUUUACAAUAUAAUACUGUCACUUGAUAAAACUUCUCAAAAGAAAAAAAUUGCAGGCCAUCUGUCCAGAGACCUAUGCAUGUACGAUUACACAGGGCUUCUAGAUUAUGGUAGCUCCACUCCCUUGGCUUGUGAUAUUCAAUGUUGGGUUAGUAAAUACUAAUAUUGCCAUGCCCGAUGGCUAGUGAAAACAAAUAGUCCAAUGUUGCAGUUAAA